AUGUCUCUGGAUUCCAAUGCAUCGACAGCUGGACUUUCCAUUGCAACGCCUCAGUCAAUCAAUUUGGACGCAGAAACAACCGCCGUGAAAAUCCUCGGUGGCGCUAUCGCCCCAGCUGACCUUGUGUGUACUACGACCGUUGAAAAAUUGUCAAUUGCGUGUCAAGGCAUGUCACAGCUUGACCCCCAUGAGCAAGAAGCACAAGAUUUGCUACUCGAAUUCAAGGAAAAUAUGACAGAGCAGUUUCCUUUCGUUGUGGUAGACCCGUAUAUUACCUCGCAAAGCCUUCAUCAAGAGAGACCGUUGCUUUGGAAAGCUAUCAUCAUUGCGGCGUCGCAUGGAAACUCGUAUCGCCAAAUGGUACUCGGGGCUGAUCUGAUGGAGGAUCUCACUAAGCGCUUGCUGUUGAGAGCCGAAGUGUCUCUCGACCUGCUUCAAGCGCUACUGGUUUUCAUUGCAUGGUACCACUAUCACACUCUCGUCAACCCACAAAUCACCAAUCUGCUUCACUUGACUAAGGCUUUGAUCAACAAUAUGGGCUUGAAUCGCACACAGACAACCUACGAUCGUGGCAAAUUCUUCCUGGACGGGCACGAAUCCUUUAAACCCAGAACUCAGUCAUCCCAUGGAUUAGAGUCUAGCAGCUGCCGAGGUUUGGAGCCACAAUUCAACACAUCCUACAUAUUAGAAUGCUGUCACAAGCUCGAAGAGGCUGGAGAGUAUCAAAGUGACGUUGUACUAGCGCAGCUUGUGCGCCUUCAAGAGAUCUGGUAUCGCAUGAGUCGUAGCUUUCCAUACGACGAAUCCCUUGCUUCUCGAAGACCAGACGCUCCUGUAGAGAUGUUUGUGAGAGCGUGGCAAAAGGAGCUGGAGACAUUCUGGGCUUCACUGCCCGUUGAGUCUCAACAAAAUAGUAAGCCUCCUGUACAAUCCAUAAGAAGUGCAUCAAUUAACUGCAUGUCUACUCAAGAGCUUCUACUCGCAACAUAUCACACUACCCAAAUCGCUCUUUACGAGAUUGACUUCCCUAUGUGCCUACCCCGAGUCGGUUUUCAAGUCUUCGAUAGGACGGGAAGACUCGAAUUUAUCUACGCCAGUCUCCUGGCGACGAGGAAAGUCUUUGGCGUCUAUUCAUCAAUCCUUGUCGGAAGACUAUCCGGCAUCUGCUUUACACUGUGGGCUCAAUUUAACUAUGCACUCCUAAAUGCCGUCAAACUUCUUACCACUGAGGCCGAUGGUUGGGAUUUGCAGCAUGCGCGAAAUGUUCUCACAUUCCCUGAUAUCCUGCACAGCCAAGUCACGUCGAUCGAAGAGACAAUUUCCAGACGCGGUCUCGUCUUAGAAAACGCUAUGUAUGGGAAAGAUGUGUUUAUCCGCUUCCUUAGGAAAGUACAUCACGCAUUACGAUGGUACGAAUCAUCACGCGUUUCGAGGAUUGAGUAUGAAGGGAUGGAUGACAAGCCCACCGACCCUAAUGGGUCCCUCGAAACGACUGACACAGGAGAGUCGCUCCCGGUCUUCGACGAUGCUUUCUGGCAAACGCUUUUUGAUGACAACUGGAUGCUCGUAGGGGAUGGAACCAGCACAUGA